AUGAAAGCUUCCAAAAACAAUAAAUCGGCUGCAUCAUCGUAAGGGUUCAAUAAACAGGAUAAGCAUUAAAAACUUGAUGAAGAGAACCCACAGUCUCAAACUAAUUCUUAAAGAGAUAUUUAAAGUGAGCAGCGUCCUUAAAAAAUUAACAGAGACGAAAUCAUUGAAAAACUAAGUCAAGACAUGAAAAAUUUUAAUCAGUAGAGAAAACAAGGCAACACCAUUUAAAGGCUUUUGAUGGUGAUUGUAUUCUUUAAUCUGUAAUUUUUCACUCUCUAUGUGAUAAGCUCCAAUGAAAAAUCGGAUCUCUUAGACUUUGACAAACUCUCAUCAACAAUAUUUUGGGCUGAAGCAAUUGUAACUAUCAUAAUGUAUCUCUAUGUUUCUUUUAAAAAUCCUGGGUAUGUAACUAGCUAUGUACUCAGAGGGGAUGAAUAUGAAGAUGAUUUAGAUGGAAUGAAAAGUAAAGCUGAUAAUUUGGGGCACACAGAAGGCAAAAAGUAAAAACAUAAGAUUAAGAGAAGUAUAUUGUCAAGAGCAGCUCAGAAGUUAAGCCGAUAAGAGAGAUUAGCAGGCGGUACAAACUCAUAAAACCAGAAUCAAGUCCUUAUGACUAAUUCCAAUAGCAUCUCAAUUAAUGUGAAUUCCUACUAAUAAGUUAUGGACCAGAGUCAAAAGUGCACUCCAAACAAUAAGUUUAAUGCCUCCCAAAACAGGUUCAUCUUUUCAAACUUAACAACUUAAAACUGUGACCCAAUAGCUGCUUAAAACGACACAGUAAACCUCGAUGAAAGCAACUUAAAUUACUCUAUGAUCUCAUCUAAUAACUAAAACACAAAUUACAGAGUCAAUUAGGGCAAGGAUAAAAAAGUAAAGAUAAUUGCAUAGUUCAGCAAGAAUACAAGUAGGACGACAACCCUCCAGGACUUGAACCAAUCUGAUAACAAUCACAGUUUCCUAGACAUUAGAGAUAGCUACAUUUAAGAUGCUAACCAGAGUAAAAUAAAUCCUCUAGAGAUCAUUCAAAAGAAAAUCGCUUCUAAGAAUCCUAACUCUGCUUCUAUUUUCACAAGCGAAGGAGAUUUAGCUGGCAAGUCUACCACAGCGACCACAACUUAGGGCAAGUAGUAGUUAAUUGAUAAGGGGUCUUUAAGAAGUGAUGAUAACUAGCAUAACAUUGUUGGCUUUAUGGUUGGAGAGAGUGAGGUGUAGAUUAAGAGAGACUAAUUUAGAAGAAAGUUAUUCAACUCUUCCUCUGAAGAUUAGAUAGAUGCAAGUGUGGAGGAACUAGAUCAUAUAGGCCAGAGCAGCAAUGACUUCAGAGCACACUUCGAUGCUAUAUAAGAGGAAAAUGAAGAAGAUUUCCAAAGAGAUGAUGAUUUGGGUAGAGGCGGCUUUAAAUCUGAAAACCUUAAGUCAAAUAACAAUCAGAUUAGCAAUCUUGAUGGUCAGAACGAUGAUCAACAUACAACAGACGAGUCUCCGCCAAGAAGUUAAAGUAAGAAUCAGAACUAGGUUUCAGAUUAAAAUCAACCUUAAUCAAUCUUCCACAUUGAAAAUAAAUACUGCACUUCAUGCAAUCUAGAAUAACCAUUAAGAACUAAGCACUGCAGGAAAUGCAACAGAUGUGUUGCAACUUAUGAUCAUCACUGUCCUUGGAUUGGUAACUGUGUUGCCGAGAAGAACCGAAGGUUCUUUUUCUAUUUCCUAUUGCUCUAGUUUAUUGAGUCAACUUGGUCUUUCGUGCUAUCGAUAAACAACUUCUACAAAGCGUAGGAUUUGAACGAAUGGCUGUUAAUUAAUAUCCUUAACAUUCUUGCCUCACUUAUAAGCUUUUUCUUCAUUCUGAUGGUGGGGAGUUUGGUCUUUUUCCAUAUAUUCCUUUCAAGCAAUAACCUAACUACUUGGGAGUUUUUGAGCUGGAGUAAAAUCUCCUACAUGAAGAUCUGGCCGAAGAGAUAUGGUUCCCCAUUCUCCUAGGGCAGGACUAAAUGUUAAAAUCUUUCAUAGUACUUCUGCCCCAGAAAUCAGAGGAUUAACUACUUUACUACCUGGAAGAUGCCUCUGGGUCUACCAGAGCUCAAUGAGUUCAACUUAGUUAGGAGGAAGUAGUAUAAGUUUUUGUGCUUUUAUUUUAAAUUAUGA